CCCGCGCCCGUGACGUCACUGUUCCGCGCCGGCAGCGCGUCGGCCCGGAGGUGCCGCGGGGUUUAACACAGGCUUAGAAUGCCUACGGCUAGUGAUUUCUACCUGCGCUACUACGUCGGGCAUAAGGGCAAGUUUGGGCACGAGUUUCUGGAGUUCGAGUUUCGGCCGGACGGAAAACUUAGAUAUGCCAAUAACAGCAAUUAUAAAAAUGAUGUAAUGAUCAGAAAAGAAGCCUAUGUCCACAGGAGUGUAAUGGAAGAACUGAAGAGAAUUAUUGACGACAGUGAAAUUACAAAAGAGGACGAUGCUUUGUGGCCACCCCCUGACAGGGUUGGCCGGCAGGAACUUGAAAUUGUAAUUGCGGACGAACACAUUUCCUUUACCACAUCAAAAAUAGGUUCUCUUAUUGAUGUAAAUCAGUCAAAGGAUCCUGAAGGCCUUCGUGUGUUUUACUAUUUGGUACAGGACUUGAAAUGUUUAGUGUUCAGUCUCAUUGGACUGCACUUCAAGAUUAAGCCAAUUUGAAUUGGAUGCUUUUGAAGUUAUUUCAGUAUUUAAUUAAAGGAAGUAUUUUUUUAUUGUCAAUUUUGGGAUUUUUAUGAAUGUAAAACUUUUGUAUGUAAACUCAAUAUGUGAAAAAAAUCAGGUGUAAUGGUUUUCCUCUCUUGGGUCCACAUGGGCUAGACAGUCUAUAUGCAAUUGAUUCUGUAAAUAAAAGCCACUUUUUUGUUGAAA